AGUGAGAGAGAGAGACCGUGAAGUCAGUCUGGUUUUCACUUACACCGCGUUCGGACGCUCCAAUAAUUUUAAGAUAGUCCUAGCAUUUAUAACGAAAAUAGUAAUAAUAAAAAAACAACAAAAAUAGAAGUGUACAUCAGCAGUUAGUGUUAUUUGUUCUACUAUAUUAUUGCAAUAGUGAUUCAAUUCGUCCGCGUCUCCCUCUCUCUCUUUCUCUCUCAAUCAACGCAGUACAACAAAACUAUAAUAUUUUUUUUGUUUUGUUUAAUUCACAAAAUUCUCAGUGAGAGAAGGGUUUGCAUAAUCUUUGCUUUACAUACACCUUUACACACACAAAUGCACAUGUGAUUGUUUAAUAAAUAAAUUCUGCCAAACGAGUAGCGCCCCCUGGCAGAGCUAAAAAAAAAAACUAAAUACGCUGGCCAAUAAAUGCAAGUGAAAAUGCAAAUACAAAGUAAUUGAAAAAGGCGCAAAUAAAGCAAAAGCAGCUGGUGACAAAAGUGAAAACUAAUUGAAAUUGAAACGUUGUGGCAGUUGCAUUGGAAUAGGAAAUUUGGAUUUGGCAAACGUGAAUAGCAAAUUAAUUGCAGUGCAAAAUGUCAAAUACUGAAGACAGCGAGCUGGACCCGCAAAUUCAGAUUGAAUUGGAGAAUCUCAAUAGUGCUACGGAUGUGAUUAACAAACUGGAGAUUGAAUUGGAGGAGGCGAAUUCAACAUUUCGCAUACUUCUAAAUGAGUCUACACGUCGAUUGAAACUCUCUUCUAAGAAGCUAGGCAGCUGCAUCGAGAAGGCACGUCCCUACCAUGAUGCAAUGGAGAAGGCACGUGAGGCACAAAUCGAGUGCCAGCAGGCGGCGGUCAAGUUUCAGCGAGCCAAUGAAAUCCAUGCAGCAGCUAAGGAAACAGUGGCUCUGGCCGAGCAGCGUUUCAUGUCCAACUCACACGAAUGGCAGUUCGACAAUGCCUGGCAGGAGAUGUUGAAUCAUGCCACACAAAAGGUGAUGGACGCGGAGAAACAGAAAGCCGACUGCCAUGCGGAGCAUCAACGAUGCACGCGUCUCUUUCACAGCGCCGAGCAGAAGUGGCAGCAGCUGGAAGAUCGCUUUAGGCGUAGUAUCAACAAGUCUCGUCCAUAUUUCGAGGAGAAGCAGGUCUGCCAGGAUCAGCUGCAGACACAAAAGAAUCGCAUACAGGAGCUGCAACAGCAGGUGGCAUGUGCUAAGACGACUUAUUCCACGGCCCUACGUAAUCUGGAACGCAUCAGCGAAGACAUACACCGGCAACGGGGCGAUUAUCCAACGUUAAGCGCCUCCCCGCCACCGCCCGGACCCCGUGAGCCGGGCGUGGGCGCCGAACUGAACACUCCCACCUCCAGUGCGUUGCCAUCGCUGCCCGAUUUCCAGAUGGAGCUGGAGAAAUGCGAGUUCCCAUCGAUAGCGGGCAGCCAAAUGUCACUGGGUGCUGCCACAGCAGCCACGCCCUCCGCUGUUGAGACCGAGGAUGAGGCGGAGGACGACAAUGUCUGCGAUUACGAUGAGACAACGUUGGGCAGUGAACUUCGCGGCGUUGUCGACGAGCGCCAGCUGGAGGCGUUACGGCAAAAGGUCAAAAUACUCGCAGUGCGACCCAUCGAAGGCGGCGACGGUCAGCAGCAGAAUGAUGUGUGGGAGCAUGAGCUGAAGGCCACCGUCGACAAGCUGGAUCAUCUGAUGAUGCUUAAAGAGGCGGCCAAGCAUCAGCAAACGGAACGUGCUAAAUCUACAGAGCUGCGACCCGAUUCACUGGGCGCCGAGGCGCUUAAGCGACACAGCGAUGACUAUGUGGAUGCCCGGGAUGUAGUCAUCAAGAUCAGUGCCCCUCCUUCAGUUGCCCACAGUCUGCCCGUGACGCCGCAGCAUCAGCCCAACAGUGCGAGUGCAACACCUUCCAUCAAGAAGCUGCAGCAACAGCUGGCGCCGCUGCCCUCGGUGAAUGUUUCCAUGCGUGAGCUUCCACUGCUCGCGAGGCUCUCCAAUGAGUUACUCGACCGAAGCAGCGCUGCCAUGGGCAGCGUACGAAGACAGCUGCGACGUCGCUCCCUCGAAUAGCAGCAUCCUCCUCGUCAUCAGCAUCAGCAGCGGAAUCAAGUUUUUGGAAAGUCGAACAACUCGACAGCAGUUGCGCGUAUAUCAAAAUCCAAAGUUUGUUUAUAUUAAAUGAAUUGUAAAUCGUGAAAAGUAUAAAGUGGAUGCCGCAUUUAAGUUCACAUUUGAAUAUUAAGUACACAUGCCUACCAAUAUAUUUAUAGCAUACAUAUGUAUAUCUACAUAUAUUUUCGUAUAUAAAAUUAUCAUAAAUGUUAACUAAUAUUGAGUGUCCUGCGUAAAUGUUUCUCAAAUUGUUAAUGUAACCUCUACUUAAUGUCAUUUUAUGUGAUUCCAAAACGAAAAUUGUAAUUUGUGUGCAAAAGGCACUAUCAGUUAAGCAGCUUUAAGUUAAUGUUUAAUAAUAAUAAAACUAAAUCAACAACAAUGCCACUUACUAAUUAAAGAUUAAUGAAAAUGGGCACAUGCACUAAAUAGUUUUGCCUAAAAUACCACGAAAAUACAAAUCUGCACUUGUGUGAAAAUGAGAAAUGCAAAUGAAACGAAUUCAAUUAGCCAUUAAGUCAAAUUCUCAAAUAUUCUGAAGGAGGCGAUGAAACUACGAGUUACGAGUAUAGUGCAAAUCAGACAAACAAGUAUAUCUGCAUAGUUAAAAAUAAAAAUAUACACUUAAAUUCAUUA